AUGGCGGACGGAAUCGACCGACGCGCUGAAGAGCGCAUGGAAUUCAACACCUCCAAGGAGGUCACAGUGGCCCCGACCUUUGAGGAUAUGCACUUGAAAGAAAGCUUGCUUCGAGGAGUUUACGCUUAUGGAUACGAGUCGCCAUCGGCUGUUCAGUCUCGUGCCAUUGUUCAGAUCUGUAAAGGUCGUGAUACUAUUGCGCAGGCCCAGUCCGGUACUGGUAAAACCGCUACUUUCUCGAUCAGUACUCUGCAAGUUAUCGAUACUGCCCUUCGUGAGACCCAAGCUCUGGUCCUGUCCCCAACUCGUGAACUCGCAACCCAAAUUCAAUCCGUUAUCAUGGCCCUCGGUGACUACAUGAACGUCCAAUGCCACGCAUGUAUUGGUGGAACCAACAUCGGUGAAGAUAUCCGCAAGCUCGACUACGGCCAGCACGUCGUUUCUGGAACUCCCGGUCGUGUCGCCGAUAUGAUUCGCCGCCGCAACCUCCGCACCCGUCACAUCAAGAUGCUCGUCCUCGAUGAAGCAGACGAACUUCUCAACCGUGGUUUCCGCGAACAAAUCUACGAUGUCUACCGCUACCUUCCGCCGGCGACGCAGGUUGUGGUGGUCUCCGCUACUCUGCCUUACGAUGUGUUGGAUAUGACGACCAAAUUUAUGACAGACCCCGUGCGUGUCCUGGUUAAGCGUGACGAGUUGACUCUGGAGGGAAUUAAGCAAUACUUCAUUGCCGUCGAGAAGGAGGAGUGGAAGUUUGAUACCCUCUGCGAUCUUUACGAUACUUUGACGAUCACCCAAGCAGUGAUUUUCUGCAACACUCGCCGAAAGGUCGAUUGGUUGACUGACAAGAUGCGUGAGGCCAAUUUCACUGUCUCAAGUAUGCACGGUGAGAUGCCACAGAAGGAACGUGAUAGUAUUAUGCAAGAUUUCCGCCAGGGUAACUCGCGUGUGCUCAUUUCUACCGAUGUGUGGGCUCGUGGUAUCGAUGUUCAACAGGUGUCGCUGGUUAUUAACUACGAUCUCCCCACCAACCGUGAAAACUACAUUCAUCGUAUUGGUCGAUCCGGUCGUUUUGGUCGCAAGGGUGUGGCUAUCAACUUCGUUACUGCUGAUGAUGUCCGUAUUCUGCGCGAUAUUGAGUUGUACUACUCUACUCAGAUCGACGAGAUGCCUAUGAAUGUUGCGGAUCUUCUCUCAUAA